GCAGAGAACACACAAAUUGAAGUUAUAUUUAACUUAUUCCUUGUAUCUUUGUCAUUAGAGGCUGAAAUAACUGAGCCUAAAAUGGAAGCUGUGAAAGACUGUGGUAACACGUGAAGGGCAGAGAAAGCUUGGAUUCUUACACGGAUUUAAUCUUUACACAGGUUGAGCAUUGGUUAUCCAAAACGCUUGGGACCAGAGUAUUUCAGAUUUCAUAUUUACUUGGAUUUUGGAAUAUUUGCAUAUCUAUAAUGAGAUAUCUUGGGGUUAGGAUCCAAGUCUAAACACGAAGUUCAUUUAUGUUUCAUAUACUCCUUAUAUAUAUAGCCUGAGGGCACUUUUAUACAGUAUUUUAAAUAAUUUUGUGCAUGAAUCAGAGUUUUGACUGUGACUUGUCAUAUGAGAUCAAGUGUGGAAUCUUCUGCUUGUGGCGUUAUGUCACUGCUCCAAAAAUCGCAGAUUUUGGAACAUUCUGGAUUUUUGGAUUGGGGUGCUCAAUUUAUAUUAACUGUAGUAGAACUUGUUAUGGUGAAUUACUAUUUUCAUUUUAAAACAUUUUUCAUGUUUCAAAUAAUUUUGCUGUCCUUUCUAUAAAUUCUCAGCACUAUUUAGGAAUAAAAUACUAGCUGUCUUAUCUCGAGAAACACAGAGUAGUGUGAGAGCAAGGACAUACACCCACAAUAGAGGGAUAGAUGUUUAACACGGUAAUGUUAAAACAAAAGGUGUCCUAUCACUGAAUAUUAUCUGGCUUAUUUUUAAGUUUUCCUGAUUUUCUUUGGGUGUACUAUAUUAAAUUUGGUCUUACUGGAUUUUGACUAUUUGGGGUUGGACAGCAUGGUCCCAUAUAGCCAUAAAAUUGGAACCUGAAGGCCAUUUCUUAUUUCAAUGGUGUAUUGAAGCCAUUUGAAGACUUCCCCCCUCCCAUUCUUUUUUCCUUUCAUUCAUCCAUCCGUCCAGUGGAUAAUAUUGCAUGAUUAAAAAAAAAAAAAUCUUGCUUGAGACAGAAAUUAACAUACUAAAGUUAGUGUGUAAAGGACAGGAACUUCUAGUUUUAUACAGAUUCCAUUUGUUUACUUCUUCAGCUUCUGUCCUUAAGCCAGUUAAUUUUAGUUAUAUCUUUUGAUUUUAAUCCUGGUUCAUAGGAACAGAAAUCCUUCACCAUGCCUAUUUCCUCUCUUUUCCUAUGAUUUACUAGCACCUGUAAGGAGGGUCUUUAAAACAAAAAGGUUAGAAUGCUAAAGUUUUUAUUUCACAAUCCUCUAUAUAUUAGGCAUUCAUUUCUUGUCAGAUGUUUAUUGGGAUCAUUUUGAGUUUAUUACAACCUGAUAUUUUUAAAAAUGACUUAGAGCCUAAGGGCUUGUGAUUAUAGAACAGAUUACAUAGAGGUACUUUAAACGUGUAAGAGAAAAAUGCAAAAACCAUUUUGAUUAGUUUAAAUUUUUUUUUUUUUUUUAAAAUAAAACAGUAAGUAAAAAUCAACCCCAAAAUGGAAGGGUUAGUAUAGUUGACCCUUGAACAACACAGGUGUGGACUAUGUGGGUUCAGUUCUACUCGUUUUUUUUAAAAAUAAAGUUGCAUCUAGUAUGCGUGCCUUUCUGCCUGUCCUUCCACCUCUUCUACCUCUCCCACCCCUCAGACAGCAAAACCAACUUCUCCUCAGCCUUGUGAAGAGGAUGAGGACCUUCAGGAUGAUUCACUUCCAUUUAAUGAAUGGGUUAUAUCCUGUGUUGUGACCUCAUGGUUUAAGUGGGAAUAAAGAUGAGUAUAAGCAGUGAUGAGGUCAACUUCUUGGUAUAUAGAUACUUGCAAGAGUCAGGAUUUUCUCAUUCAGCAUUUACCUUUGGUAUAGAAAGCCAUAUCAGUCAGUCCAAUAUAAAUGGUGCCCUCGUCCCACCUGCUGCAUUGAUUUCUAUCAUCCAGAAAGGUCUACAGUAUGUAGAAGCAGAAGUUAGUAUUAAUGAGGAUGGUACCUUGUUUGAUGGUCGACCAAUAGAGUCUCUGUCCCUGAUAGAUGCCGUAAUGCCUGAUGUAGUACAAACAAGACAACAAGCUUAUAGAGAUAAGCUUGCACAGCAACAGGCAGCAGCUGCUGCAGCUGCCGCAGCUGCAGCCAGCCAACAAGGAUCUGCAAAAAAUGGAGAAAACACAGCAAAUGGGGAGGAGAAUGGAGCACAUACUAUAGCAAAUAAUCAUACUGAUAUGAUGGAAGUGGAUGGGGAUGUUGAAAUCCCUCCUAAUAAAGCUGUUGUGUUGCGGGGCCAUGAAUCUGAAGUUUUCAUCUGUGCCUGGAACCCUGUUAGUGAUCUCCUAGCAUCAGGGUCUGGAGACUCAACAGCAAGAAUAUGGAAUCUUAGUGAGAACAGCACCAGUGGCUCCACACAGUUAGUACUUAGACAUUGUAUACGAGAAGGAGGGCAAGAUGUUCCCAGCAACAAAGAUGUCACAUCUCUAGAUUGGAAUAGUGAAGGUACACUUCUAGCAACUGGUUCCUAUGAUGGGUUUGCCAGAAUAUGGACUAAAGAUGGUAACCUUGCUAGCACCUUAGGGCAGCAUAAAGGCCCUAUAUUCGCAUUAAAAUGGAAUAAGAAAGGAAAUUUCAUCCUAAGUGCUGGAGUAGACAAGACUACAAUUAUUUGGGAUGCACAUACUGGUGAAGCCAAGCAACAGUUUCCUUUUCAUUCAGCACCAGCAUUGGAUGUUGAUUGGCAGAGCAACAACACCUUUGCUUCUUGUAGUACAGAUAUGUGCAUUCAUGUCUGUAAAUUAGGACAAGACAGACCUAUUAAAACAUUCCAAGGACAUACGAAUGAAGUAAAUGCUAUCAAAUGGGACCCAACUGGCAAUCUCCUGGCCUCCUGUUCUGACGACAUGACUUUAAAGAUAUGGAGUAUGAAACAAGACAAUUGUGUCCAUGAUUUGCAAGCACAUAAUAAAGAAAUUUAUACCAUCAAAUGGAGUCCAACAGGACCAGGGACUAAUAAUCCAAAUGCCAACCUUAUGUUAGCAAGUGCAUCCUUUGAUUCUACUGUUAGGUUAUGGGAUGUAGACCGAGGGAUAUGCAUCCAUACCUUGACAAAACACCAAGAGCCUGUGUACAGUGUAGCUUUCAGUCCUGAUGGCAGGUAUCUGGCAAGUGGUUCUUUUGACAAAUGUGUACACAUCUGGAACACACAGACAGGUGCUCUAGUUCACAGCUAUAGGGGAACAGGUGGAAUAUUUGAAGUUUGCUGGAAUGCAGCGGGAGACAAAGUUGGAGCCAGUGCAUCAGAUGGUUCAGUUUGUGUAUUAGACCUUCGGAAAUAGCGCUACUAGUUGGAAGCCAUGGACCGACUAUGAAUGUGUACAUAGCCAAAAUGACUGUCCCUGACCCAUGUACUGCUAUAGUCCCACUUGAACCAUGGCCAGUCCACUGCAGCCAAAUCUAAAAGAAAUAUAUACAUAACAGUGUAUAUAAACAAAAUUGCACCCUGAAGAUGACAGAGUUUUGUCACAGCUUGUGAAUUCUGUUCACCAAGUGCUGGAAUCUAAUCUGCUGUGCCCCUAAAAUAGCAUUUAGAAGUUUUGGAUAUGAAAAACAGAAGAGAGAAAAAUAUACAUUAUAAAAGCAGAACAUACAUAUACCAGUUUUUGGAUACUAAAUGACAGCCUUGUUUCUCCCCUUUGAAUCAGCAGACACCAUGGAUUAUAUUCUUUUUUUCCCUUCAGUAGUGAGCAGUUUGUAUGUACAGAGAAAAUGGACUUACAAAAACUUGCAGCAGUAGUUUGUUCUUGCUUUAAAAUUUCGUUUUUGGUUUAGAUUAUGGAUGCAUGAAGUAAGGGAGUGAAUCAGUUUCUUGUUUAUAUUUUUUUCACCUUUUAAACAAAAAAUUCUUUAAAAUAUUUUAAUGCAUUCUUUUGAAGAGGUAGAUGUUUGGUACAUUUUAUGGCUCCCAGAGCAUAUAUUCAGUUGGUGCAUGUUGUGGAAGGGGGAAUUGGAAAUUAAAUGAAAACCUAUGACUUUGGUCAUGUCAAUCUGUAAGACACAUCAGUAAAAGGGUAUUAUGCUCUGUUGGUUUUGUUUUUUUGUUUUGCUUUUUUUUUUUUUCUUUUUUGUUUUUUGGUGAUGUGGCUUAAAUGCAAUAGUUUCUUUUUUGGGACAUAUUUCUGCCAAUUAAAGACUAGAAGGGCACAAAUUUUUUUUUAAUUACCAUAGAGAAGAUACAUUAAAAAAAAAAGAUCUUCUGAUGUUUUGUAGCCAUAACUAAAUUAUGGUAAAAAUGUGCACUAUUGUGAAAAGGAGCAAAGUAGUUUUGGGUUUUUUGUUGUUUGUUUGUUUUGCUUUGUUUUUUAAGAGAUUAAAAUGUUUCUGGAUAAGGAUUAGCUUCUCGAAGUGUCCAUCAUUCUGUGUAGAAGCUUAAAUAUGUAAUGUAACCAAACUCCAGUAUUAAAAAUCUCUCAUGUUGUUUUCUUUAUACAAAGCAAGAUAACGGCAUAUAACACUGCCAUUACAUGGCAAAAUGUUUGCUACCUUAGUUUAAAAAACAAUCUCAAACAAAAGACUUGCUUCAAGGUGUUUUUAAAUAGCAGUGAUUCAGAAUUUUUUUUAUGAAAGUAUAAUUGCACUAACCUUCUUCCUGCUGCUCUGAUUCUGUGUUUGUGGUACUUGUGACUACGUUUUUUCAAAUAUAGAUAGAUUUAAGCUGCUAAUUUUUUUUUUUCCAGUAAUCACUACUAUAUCAUGUCUUUUACUCUGUUUAUAAUAUCAAGUAUUUUCUUAAAGAUAUAGAUAUUAAACGUUGUGCUCAUGCAACUUAGAGUAACAUAUACAGACAAAUGAUUGCAUGAGGCCAUGUUUAUAUGUGUGACUAAUAAGGCUUGUCAUGAUUAACAUAAUCCAGGUAUGUCAUUUCUGAAGAGAAUAGUCAUCAAAUUUAUAUCUCAAAGAUUUUAAUUAAGGAAUUGCUUAUUGUUGAGCUUAGCAAAUUAAUAACACUAUUUCUGUCACUAAUUAUUUUGAGGCCUUUUAGUACUAAAAUUUUAACCUGUGUUCUAAGUAGAAACUGAUACCCAAGUAAUGCAGCUUUGAUUUUCAGCAUUCGUUGCUUUGCUAUUUUUACAAAACAGCAUUGAUUGAAGCAAGUCUUGGUUUUACUAAGGUAGGGUAGCAUUUGCUAUUGGUAAAGAGAAUAAGUACACUUAAUUUCACAAUACAUUGUUAUAUGUACCCCAGUUGUUGUUAGUGGGGACUAUGAUACUGUAAUAAUAUUUUUAAAAAUUUACAUCAAGAGAGGCAGUCAUUCACGAUGGUUUUGUGCCAGCUCUUUUUAGGGUUUUGGAUCACAUUAGAGAUAUUUAGAACAUAUUACCCUGUGACUUACGUAGGAAACCUAAUAUGCUGAGUAUCUGGCACUUGAAUUCCUGCUUUUAUUGCUGGAGGUCCACAUCUGUGGUUGACCUCUGUUAUUGUUUAAAAAAAAUAAAAUUAAAAAAAUCUGUGCAAUAAUUUUAAAAUGUGCUCCCAGGAAUAGACACAAAUGUUUUGAGUAUCUUUUAAGCUGCAUUUUCCUUUAGCGAUGCAUUUGUCAAUUGCACUGAAUUUAAAUCUGAAAGUCAGAGGUGAUUAUUGAUAGUACUUUUGUAUUUUGAUAUGGACAGUUUAUUCAUUUGCAUACAGUUAAUGACUGUUUCCCAGCUGAUUAAAAGAUAGUCAAGAAAUUCUGCAAUAUAGCUGCCAAAAUAGACAGCUACAUUUUUAUGAUAUUGUCAUCUUUUCUGUUUUUUUUUUCUUUUUUUUCUUUAGCUAUUUUACUUAAGCAUAAUAGCCACAAUAGGACAUAUAAAAGAUUAUAAAUACAGAGCUUUAUUAUCCUGACGUCUUGGGUCUUUUAAGUAUACACUUUUCUGAAAGGUAUCCAUUUCGUAGGCUUGGGUUCUUCAUGAGCAUAUGAUUGUUUAUUUUUGCUGCUGUUCUCAACAUCAUCAUUGCCUGCUGAUGUGCCACGAUGCUGCUCCAAUAGACAGAAAUAAGAUUGUCUCUAAUUUGAGCAGUAACAUGAUUGCAAGAGACCAAGUUUCACAGCUUGUAAAGUUCUGUAUUCGGGAUUCUUGCUUAUUUUUCUGCCUGUGUUUUUCUGAGAUCUUAUUCCUGAUGAUCAAUUGAAUCCAGUAGUUUUUCUAUGCUAUUUGUUGUUGCAUAAGCUACUGUAAGAAACUUAUCAUAAGGAAAAAUAGAAAGGAAAACUUGAAUCAAUACUCAUUGAUUAAAAUGGAAUAAAGAAAGAGCAGCUGCCACUUUUAAACAACAUAAAGGAAUAUCUUUUUUUGUCUCCGUGUAGGAACUCCUGUAAGUUCUUAUUAUUUGUUCCAAUUCCUAUUUCCUGCCAUUGACCAGAUAACAUCAUUGACUUUCAAAUGACUUUUAGAAGUGGUAACUCUUAAUUUCCUAAUAGAUACUAGAUUGUAUUGAAUUCUGUUUUAAUUAUUCUCUAGGUAAGUAUGUUUUAGGAUUAAAUACCUUUUACAGAUACUGAAAGUGCCUCCUUUUGUGGUGUAAAAAACAAAUUAUGGUGCAAAAAGUAAUCACUAGAUUGAAUUACAUGAAGGUUUUUUGCUUUUUGACAUACGAAAAUGUCAAGAGAAAGGCCAAAGAUUUGUACUUUUUCACUUACAGAGCACUCCUUUUUCCCUUAAACUUAUUUCUGUCAAAUUAGAUUUAAUGAGAGAGUACUAUUUUUAAGGAGCUAUCUGUUUAUGUAGAAUGAUUUUGUUAAGAGUAAUGUAAACUAUUAUUGAGUAGAGGCCUAAAGAGGACUGUGCAUUUUUGCUGUUUAAAGGAAUCACAAAUGAUCAUACUUAAGUGAGCAAAAAUGACAAGUUUUACUAGCUAAGUAGAGAAAUAAAUCUCAAAUGCAGCGCUACAAUUUUCAUUAUCUUAAGCACAUUGUACAUUUCUACAGAACCUGUGAUUAUUCUCGCAUGCUAAGGAUGGUACUUGCAUAUGGUGAAUUACUGUUGACAGUUUCCGCAGAAAUCCUAUUUCAGUGGACCAACAUUGUGGCAUGGCAGCAAAUGCCAACAUUUUGUGGAAUAGCAGCAAAUCUACAAGAGACCCUGGUUGGUUUUUCGUUUUGUUUUGUUUUUUUCCCCCUUCUCCUGAAUCAGCAGGGAUGGAAGGAGGGUAGGGAAGUUAAGAAUUACUCCUUCCAGUAGUAGCUCUGAAGUGUCACAUUUAAUAUCAGUUUUUUUUAAACAUGAUUCUAGUUAAAUGUAGAAGAGAGAAAAAAAGAGGAAGUGUUCACUUUUUUAAUACACUGAUUUAGAAAUUUGAUGUCUUAUAUCAGUAGUUCUGAGGUAUUGAUAGCUUUCUUUAUUUCUGCCUUUACGUUGACAGUGUUGAAGCAGGGUGAAUAACUAGGGCAUAUUUUUUUUUUUUUUUUGUAAGCUGUUUCAUGAUGUUUUCUUUGGAAUUUCCGGAUAAGUUCAGGAAAACAUUCUGCAUGUUGUAUCUAGUCUGAUGUACUUAUCCAUCUCAUUACAAACAAAAACACACAGACUGCAUUUGUAGCUCUGUAAUCCUUGAAUACAGGAGUAAAUUUUCUUCUUUCCUGACUUUGACAUUGUAGCUAUACUGUUCUCAUUUUUAUUUUUACAAAUCCUUUGGGUCUAAUUCUGUGAGCCUACCUAUAGCACUGGAUUAAAAUGUCUGCAUCAUUUCUUUAGUUAUCCAGUUAACUUUAAAACUGUUGUAAAAGUGUAAACCAGCCCAUGACAGUUUUUCGUACAUGUUAAAGAACUUCAUUGUUCAGUUUUCAUGAUUAUUGUAUAAGGAAGACUGAUAUAGAUGUUCUAUGCUGUCCUGGACCAUGUUAAUUACACUUACGAUGUAUUUUGGUUCCACAUCACAAUGAUUUGUCCCCAGUGACCCUUUUAUCCUUUCUAGGCACAUUUUUUUUGUUGUUGUUGUUGCAGUUCCCCUUUGCAUUGUAUUGCUUUGACAACUGUAAUUUGAAUCAGAUCUGAAAGAGGUCCAGAAUAAAAUAUAUUUUGAUAUUA